AUGCCUCACAAACACAAGAGACGCGGCGAAGCCGAUAAAGCCCACUUCGAUCUCCCACCCUCAGAGAUAGCAAAAGCACUUCCAGUCCGCGAUGUGGUCAAGCCCAAGCUAGGCAAGAACGGCAAAAAACUCGUCAACAAGAACCAAUCCAAAGAUCAGAACCAGAGCGCCAACAAAGCACCCACCCACCGCCUCAAGAAUGUCACCGAAGACGACACCCCGAAAGCAUUCCGCCGCCUAAUGCAAUACCAGCAGACAGGUCGACGGGCGCCAUCAGGACUAAAGACGGGCGAGCGCCCGAACAAGCGCAAGCGCAAUGCUACAGAAGACGCAACAGCGUCAUCGAAGAAGCCCGCGAAGGUAGCGGAAACGCAAAAACCCAAACCCUCCGCCAAGGAGAAGACCGAAAUGCCCAAGAUCAUGCCUGGCGAGCGGCUGGCCGAGUUCGUAGCACGUGUUGACCGCGAAAUGCCAUUGUCGCAGAUGACCAAGUCGGUCAAGACAGGUGACGCCAAGAACAAGGAGCAGCACAAGCGGACGAAGCAUGAGAAGCAUCUGCUGCGACUGCAGAAGGGGUGGCGUGAACAGGACGCUAAGAUCCGGGAGAAGGAGCAGGAGGAGCGGGAAGAGCGGGAGGAUGAGAUGGAGGUUGAGUUGCGGCAGUGGAAGGAGUGGGAAAUUGAGGCCGCUGGGGGAAAGAAGAAGAAGGCUACGAAGAAAAACAAGAAGAAGGGAAUGAAUGCUGAUGGGGAUGCUCCUGAUAGCGGGGACGAUGAUCCUGAUCCUUGGGCUAAGCUGAAGAAGCGUGACGAGGAGCGGAAGAAGAAUCCAUUUGAGGUUGCGAAGGCGCCGCCUCAGUUGGUUAAACCCCGGGAGAUCUUUAAGGUGCGUGGUGGGGCUAAGGUUGAUGUUGCCAAUGUGCCUGCUGCGGUUGGGAGUUUGAGACGCCGUGAGGAGUUGGCUGGUGAGCGGAGGAAUAUUGUUGAAGAAUACCGCAAGUUGAUGGCCGCCAGGCGGCAAUGA